AUGAAUGUCUGGACUGAGUUUGCAGACAGAUACAUAGCGAAGAAGAUACACGUAAAUGUGUGGAGGAGCGCGUUAAUUUCCACUUUGCUAACCCUAUGUUCUGACAGAGCGAAUAAGGACACACAAACUGUCCCCGCUGGGCCUCGGUUCAGCAGCUCCGGUCCAGCGGCCGGACGCCCUUCCGCUCACGGACCUCCUUGGUACCUGAGUGCUCCAUUUCCCACGACCGUCAGCAGCAAAGGGCCGCCCGGCUCCCCGCGGGGCCUGCCCGGGGACGAGCAGGUGCACGGCAGACGCGGGAGCGGCCCGCUGGCUCCGCCCCGGACCCUGGGUCCGGACCUGCGCCGCCUCGCGGGCGCCGGCCGCCCGGGGCGUCUCCUACGGCGGGGCCCGGCGGGUGGGGGUCCUCGGGCGGCCAAUAACACGCUUCUCCCCGGGAGCCAGGCCCGCGGCCGGCUCACGAGCUCAACCGGGCCGUGGGGCCUUGGGCUAAACCGGGCGCCGGGCGACUGCUCUGCGCGGCCCGCAACCGGGCAGCGGAGCGGGCGGCCGCCGCCGCCGGACCAGUCCCGGGGUCGGGGCGGCCUGGAGAGGCUGGUGUGGGGGCAGCAGCCCGCGUCCGCGCCCGCCGUGACCUUGGCGCCCGCCCGUGCCUCGUGCGCCUCCGCCUCGCGAGGGAGCCACGCUCCGCCGCGGGUUUUCGGCGCCGCCGGGCCCGGCCUGCGUCGCGCGACGCCGCCGGACGUGCCGGCGCUCGGCAGCGCCGCGCUCAUUGGGCCGCGCGCCCGUCCGUCAGGCGGCCCGGCGCGCGGCCGCGCGAGCGCCCGCCCUCGCCGCUCUCCUCGCCGGCCGGCGGCCUCGGCGCCCGUGCUCGCCUAG